AUGACUGAACUUACUUCUAUAUCUAUUCCAUCUGAGAAACAGUCUGUGAAAAAGGGUGAUAGUUUAAUUGUUGAAAGUUCUGUUGAUAUAUCAGAAAAUACUGCGGUGAAGGAAUUCUUAGAGGAUAAAAGCCUAUGUAAAAUCAAUGAAAAUGAUGAAACAAGUGAAAAUAAUCCAGAAAAUACGUUGUUAGAUGAAGAAAAGACAAUCAAGGCCGAAAUUUCAGGUAUUUUAAAACAAAUUGUCGAGAGCUCUGUUGAUAAGUCAGAAAAUGCAACAGCGCUGAAACCCAAUCGAAAUGACAACCUAUUUAGAAUAAAGGAAGUAAAUGGAGAUAAUGAGGAAAAAACAUCUAUCGCUUUGUGUCAAGACAUAAUGCACACCACAAAAACUGAACUUGAAAAAAUUGAGAAACUCCAGAAAGAAAUUAAAGAUCAUGAUGUUCCAGUAGAAACCAAUGAAUUCAUCCGAGAUGUCAAUGAACAAAAAACACUCAGUGAUAAAACGUCGGAUUCUAAAACAAGAAGUACAAGAAAUGAGGAUACGAACUGUAUCAGCCCCGAGAAGAAUGUCGAAAGUGAAAUUGAUGUUGAGGCAUCUCAUGUAUCGGAAACAUACGAGUCAAUAUCUGAUGCCUGUUUGAGGAAGUAUAACAGUCUUAAGAAAAAACUAUCCUCAUUUGCAAAUGUUACUUCUAUUCAACCUUUCAUCAAUAUACGCAAUGCUGACACCAUGUCGGCAAGGUUAGUUUGGUUUUUAAUAGCAUUUUGUGUUUGGAGUAUUGUACUCAAUGGGGUUACAGAAAUUACCUCAAAAUAUCUCAGUUUUCCAACUGAAAACUCUCUGUACAAUCGUGAGGAACUGGUUACAUUUCCAUCUAUCACGCUUUGUCCCGUGUUGCCUGUUAUUUUUAAUAACACAUGGCGCCUAAGUUUUGAGGAUAUGCUAUUUCAAUUGCACAGUCAAAACAUAGAAACUUAUUUCUCAGACAACAAAAGUGUACAUGAAAACUUGAUAGCACCCAUAAUGGACAGAGUAGUGAGGAAAGAGGGGUAUUUAGACCUUGUAGGUGACAAAGUUCGCCUCAGAACAUACAGUGAUUUAAUCAUUGAAUGCCGUUUCAAUGGAGAGUUAUGCAACGAGACUGAUUUCAUCAACGUAACUGUUGGAAGCUAUGGUAACUGCUAUACAUUCGAUACUUAUUCAACUGACAUAUUUGAUGUAAGUGAAACAGGACCAGACUUUGGAUUACGACUCGUCUUAUUCCUCAAUUCCUACUCACCAUUGGAUGAACUCAUAAGCAGAGAUGAUUUUAAAUCGGAACUCCGUGAAUUUAAUAGUAAUUAUGCCACAUUAAGUGAUGGUAUAAGGAUGGCAAUCCAUGCUCCAGGUACGAUGCCAGAUAUGGAUAUUGAAGGUAUAGACCUUUCACCAGGAAAAUUCAUCACAAUUGGUCUCGCACAAGAUGUUCGUACUUUGCUUGAGCCACCAUAUGGAGAGUGUACCAAUGAACAGAACAACAAGGACACACCAUACGCGUAUACAGUGGACUUGUGCCUCAGACAGUGCCAGCAGGAACUCAUGAUAGCAAAAUGUGGAUGUAUGACCUACAAUGGACCGGUGCCUCCGAAUACGAAUGUAUCACAAACCCCCUACUGUGGUCAAAAGGUGAAAAGCAUGUAUUUUCAGGUGGUUAGCAAUGUACCUUAUAUUGUCACAAAUAACAAAUUUGAAUGGGAUGAAGUGAUCAAGUGGAGUGAUUUAAAAGAAAUUCUACAAGUAAUCAACUGUGAGAAAAAUGUUACAAAAAUGGUUUCUGUCGGUAACCAAACAUGUGGUUGUAAGAAGCAAUGCGUUGACAUCGUCUACGAUCCUCUAGUACAUUCCGUACCAUGGCCAAACGAAAAAUACUAUAAAGGAAUCAAUCGUAGAAACUUUAUCAGAUUCUUGAGACAGCAACCAAAAAUUGCCCGUAUCUUAAACGAAAACUUAUUCCAUAAUGACAUUGACAGUAUUGAUUCACAACGCGAGUUUUGUGACAUUGUAAAUCCCUUUAAUUAUGUAAAAAAUGCUGAGUAUCGAGAGCCUCCAUUAUUCUAUACGGAUACAUGGCCAUAUUUGGAUUGCAUAUUCAACCUACGGGACCCAAGUAAUCUUUAUGAUUAUGGAUAUUAUUACUGGUAUCAUAAUUUGUAUGAUGGAGACCCAACCAUCAACAAAUAUAAUAUUGUCAACAAGAUCAUCGAGAAGAACUUUUUAAAAGUCAACAUUUACUAUCGCUCCUUAACUGUGAACACAAUUGCUGAAGAACAAAGUUACCCACUCAACAAGUAUUUGUCUGAGUUAGGGGGAAUCAUCGGGAUGUAUGCUGGCAUGUCAGCAGUGUCUAUUGUGGAGCUAGCAAGCCUUUUGGUACCUCUUUUAUUGGUUCUCUGUAGAUAUAGAAGACGAUUCUAAAAAUAUUAAAGCCGAUAUAAAGAUGAU